GUUUCUAGAAAGCUGUUGGAUCCUCUCCCAGAUCCAUGUCCGGAUGCCGCGAUGCUUCGGCGUUUCAGCUCUCGGGCUGCUCGCUUCGUGCGAGUCUCUGAGUUGGAGAUCUCCUAUUCCUAUGUGAUUUAUGAACUGGCCAGGAGGGGAGUCGAUGAUGGUGCCGCCCGCUUUCUGCAGGCCAUGGCAGAGGACCAGCUGCAGCCCAACGCUUUCGCCUAUCAAGCUGUGCUCAACGGCUAUGCCAAAAAGAUGAACAAGUGGCAGAAGGCGGUACAACUGUUCAGUGAAAUGCGCAAGUCUGAGAUCAAACCAACGGCCAACAGCUACGCUGCUGUGAUCGACAGUUGUGGCAAGGCUGGCGAGCUGCGGCAUGCGGAGAGGUGGUUCAAUCAGAUUUCCAAAGAGUCCAUCCGCCCCAACAGCGUUUGCUACAAUGUGCUGAUCAGCGCCAACGCCAGGCAGGGAUAUGCAGAUGGAGCUUUGCGAUGGUUGCAGCGCAUGCACAAUGCCAUGCUCUUCGAUAUUGUUGCGUACAACUCUGCACUGCACAGCUUGUGCGAGAGCCAAAGUCGUCCUCGUGCCCAGGAGGAAGCAGAAGCGCUCCUGAGAGACUUGAGAUCCUACAAGUUGCAUCCGACGGCCAUCACCUUGGACUUGCUGGAGAAGCUCCUCGGGGCAGCCCGAAGGGAUGAGCUGUGCCAUGAGCUUGAUGUCGACAUGGACAGAGCGCAGCUCAUCGAUCGACAUCAUCAACGCUCGUAGACGGGAGUUGGACCGGGCGGCGGCGGAACCCGCACGCUUUCCCGUGCGAUCUGGGUCCGGUGAGGCAAAGAUUCUUGGACAAGGAGGUCAAGUGCUUUCUGCGGUCGACGAAAACAGCUGAAGGAUGUCCAGGAUUGACCGUUCAUUUUGUUGUGUUCUGUAGAUCUGAAUGGUUUGGGCUGAUUUUUGCACAACAUCACGUUGGGAGGGUCUCCGCUUGUGGCCAGUUUCCGCCAUCAUUUGGAGUUUUCAUGCAUGGAACUCAUGUAGAGGAUGGAUGCACCCUCUCAAAAUCCAAA